GAGAGAGAGAGAGAGAGGGAGUCAGUGUUAGUAGAGUGCAGACAGAAGACAGGCAGUAAAGGAGGCUGUCGGACAGAAACACCAGGAACAUGAAUCAGAAACACACCGCAGUAUAGAGACACACACCGAGGAGCAAACAGCAGCGGGACGGUAACUGAAGUGUUUGAAUCUGUGAGACAGACAGAGAGACCGAGAAAGAGAGAGAGAGACAGCCGUCUCUUGGACUUUUCCCCAUCCGUGUGAGGUUAUGGCAGGCAUGGCGUCGGAGCCAGGAGCCCAGUCCAGAGUGAUGUUUCAGACCAAAGAGGAGGAGCCUGCCCAACGCAAACUGGGCAAACUGACGGUCAAAUACAACCGCAAAGACCUCCAGAGGAGGCUGGACAUCGAGGAGUGGAUCGACGGUCAGCUGCACCUGCUGUACGACUGCGAGGAGGAGGAGAUUCCUGACCUGGAGAUCGACAUCGAUGAACUUCUAGAGCUGACAGAUGAAGAGCAGAAAACUCGACUGCAUGAGCUUUUGCAAGAAUGUGGAAAGCCAAAGGAGGACUUUAUCAACGGCUUGCUCUACCGGAUGAAGGGACUGCGGAAGAUGUCAGGAUCUCUGAAGAAAUAGCAUUAAGUCAAAGGCUGGAUCUUUCAAGAUAAUGUGAAGCACCCAGCUCCGCCCCUGACCCCGCCCCUUUGACAAGCCCCACCCACAGCUCCGCCUGUAUGUAGAGCGUUGAGUGUCUGUCUGUGGACGAGUCAAUGACGGAAACUUCUAGAAACCACUAAUAAUUCUGUACAGUAUCUCCAGCAUUGCAGAUCAACUGUAUUGCCUGUUAUUACUCAAACGAGAUGUUUUUUUUUUGUCUAGAUUUUUUUGUGACGUACAUUUUUAUCCCUAUUUAUAAAUAUAUAUAUAUUGUUCUGACAAGUGUUGUAUGUAAUAAUAAAAUAUUUCAUUUCAAGAUUUUAGAUGAAGAGUAUAGAUACAGUUCGUGAUAAUAAAAUUCAGAAUCCAGGAUAUCUUU